AUUGGAGAAGUGGCCAAUUGUCCACUCCCUUAUUUUUACACGCUAUCUUCAGAUUGGUCUUAUAAAGCUCUUACAUCAUAUUUGACCGUUACCUCUGUCACUCCCCUUAGGCUGCGAAAUGUCCCUUACGUUGCGCUACCAGUAACGGGAAGCAACCGGUGAUCCCACCAGAGAAACCUCGUCGCGAAGCGUGGUGUCUUGGAAGCUGAGAUAUCAAAGCGCCCCUUGACUUGAUUCGGCGCUUUCCUCCCAUUCACAUAUUACUUCAUGAUGCUCCCCUUACCACUUCUCCUAGGGCUAUCACUUCUCUUCUUACUUCCGUUCACACUUUGCGCUGAAGACUACUACAAGGUUUUGGGAAUAGAUAAGUCAGCUUCAGAGCGAGAUAUAAAAAGAGCAUAUAGGACUCUAAGCAAGAAAUACCACCCUGAUAAGAAUCCUGGGGAUGAAUCUGCCCAUCAGAAAUUUAUGGACAUAGCCGAAGCUUACGAUGUACUGUCAACCGCUUCCACGCGAAAGAUCUACGACAAGUAUGGCCAUGAGGGUCUGAAACAGCACAAAGAAGGCGGCGGUGCCCCCACUCAUGACCCUUUUGAUUUGUUCUCACGUUUCUUCGGCGGCGGAGGUCACUAUGGACAUUCGGGUCAGCGACGUGGCCCGGAUAUGGAAGUCCGGAUGCAUGUACCCCUGCAAACAUUUUACAGUGGCAAAGAGGCCGAAUUUCAAGUCGAAAAGCAACAAAUUUGCGACACGUGUGAAGGUUCAGGGUCUGCAGAUGGAAAAGUAGACACCUGCAGCAAGUGUGGCGGGCAUGGAGUUGUGCUUCAGAAGCACAUGUUAGCACCCGGCAUAUUUCAGCAGGUCCAGAUGCACUGUGAUAAGUGUGGUGGGAAGGGACAAUCAAUACGUAACCCGUGUCCUGUUUGCCAGGGCAAACGAGUAGUACGAAAACCAGUGACGCUAACGGCGACCAUUGAACGCGGAAUGGGCAAAGGAUCGAAAAUAGUUUUUGAGAACGAAGCGGAUGAGAGUCCGGAUUGGGUUGCCGGAGAUUUAAUACUCGUGUUGAUGGAGAGUGAACCACAGCUUGGAGAUGACGAUGCGGAGAGGACAGAUGGGACAUUUUUCCGCCGGAAAGGCAAGGAUUUGUUCUGGAAAGAGGUUCUCAGUCUCCGAGAGGCCUGGAUGGGAGAUUGGACUCGGAAUUUAACCCAUCUCGAUGGGCAUAUUGUUCAACUUGGCCGAAAGCGAGGACAAGUAGUCCAGCCACUUUCUGUUGAGACAGUAAAGGGCGAAGGGAUGCCAGUUUGGCACGAAGGCCAUUUGCAUGAGCAUCAUGGCGAAGAUUUCGGAAACCUUUAUGUGGAGUACACCGUCGUACUUCCAGAUCAGAUGGAGAAAGGGAUGGAGAAAGAUUUCUUUUCCCUAUUCGAGAAGUGGAGAAAGAAACACGGAGUGGAUUUGCAAAAGGAUUCUGGCCGGCCUAUUCCUCAAAGAGAUGAAUUGUAAUAGUACAUAUUCCCGUUUCCUUGAUCUUUCUUUUCUUCGCCUUCUACCGCGAACCGGCGUAUUCUAUAUAUCGGUGAUACCUUACUGCUUCGUCCCGGUGCAUCGCUUCCAUACCUCCGAACCGUAUACGAUAGAUUUCAUUGUGACAGGCAGGGUACAAUAGAGAUGUUUCCAAUACAAAGCGCAUUCUGGAUUUAUACU